CGUUUCAGCGGGCCAUGAAUAUGGCCUUCGCUGAGUUCGUUAACAAAACCCGACUAACCCAGCCCCUGAUCAAUUUYUGCGUGAUUGUGUACAUGGAUGAUAUUUUGGUCUUUUCAAAAAACACGAGUACCACGUGGAACACAUCAAGUGGGUUUUGCAUGCACUGAAGAUGCAGGGUUCAAAGUGGCCUUGGAGAAAAGCGAGUUCUUCUUGUCSGAGAUCUCAUUCUUGGGGUACAUCGUCACGGUCGAUGGACUAAAACCGGAUCCGAGGAAGGUGGCGGCAGUUCAAGAAGCCCCGGCGCCGGUCACACUCACCCAGGUUCGGGCUUUUCUAGGGCUGGCAUCCUAUUACCGACGCUUCAAUAAGGGGUUUGCUGGUGUAGCGAAGCCCCUCAUGAACCUGCUGAAGAAAGAGGAGCAGCUGAUCUGGACGCCGGAAUGCGAAGCGACGUUUCAGGCGUUGAAGGAGGCUCUGACAUCUGCUCCUGUGUUGGCGCGUCCCGACCCAACAAGACCGUUCUCACUGUACACCGACUGGCAGCCGCAGGCGAUAUCGGCGGUGCUGACUCAGCACGGGGCGGAUGGAAGGGAACACGUCAUUGAGUAUGCGUCCAAGAUGCUGAGCCAGGCGCAGGCUAAUUACGAAGUGUGCAAAGGCAAAUGCCUGGCGGUGGUGUGGGGGAUUCAGCAUUUCCGACCGUAUCUUUACGGCCAGAAAUUCGUGCUGGUAACGGAUCAUCAGCCGCUGCUGUCCCUGCGCAACAACACGAACUACACGGGGACGCUGGGCGACUCGCUGUCAGAACUUACCAAAGCCGAGAGGCGGAGAGUCACGGAGCGGGCGCAGGACUAUCGCUGGCAGGGACCGACAUUACAAAAACGAAAAGUCGAUGACGACGGAGGGUCUAGCUGGUUGACGGUUCCACACCCUCUCGCUAGGUUCGAUUGGACACGAGCCGCUCAUGAAGAGGAUGCGGUCCAUUUCGCGGUCAAGUACACGGAAAAAGCCAUCGAAAAGAACGGAUGGUACUGGUCGGGAAUUCGGGAAGAUGUGAAAUACAUCAUCCAGAAUUGCCCGGCCUGCGCGGCGGACAAGGCACCGGUACAGAUGCCUCGGACGAUGGUGCCCACUCGUGUAGAGCGCCCCUUCCAGAGGGUUAGCAUCGAUACGAUGGAUAUCAACGUUCCGAGAGGUCCCGUCGAUCAGGGAGAGCUCAAUGUUCUUUUAGUGGCCGUCGAUCAUUUUUCGAAAUGGAUCGAGGCGUACCCUAUGACCAGCCGGAAUUCGCAGGAGGUAGCCUGGUACGUGAAUCGAGUUAUGUGCAUGCAUCUAGACGUAGAAGAGAUACACAUGGAUAAUGGGUCAGAAUUUCAAGGCGAAGUGGAACGUCACCUAGUCAGGACGGACCUGACACAGCUUCCUUAUCCUAUGCGCAACUUUCCCGAGUACGUGAUGGAGCUGACGGACGUGGAGCAGUUGCCGCCCGCCGACGAGGACGCGUGGGAGCUGCAUUGGGCGCUGUAUUCAUCGGUGGUGUUGGGCAUGUUCACAUUCUUUGUGGAACACGAAGUUCAUAACGUCGGCGAGUUCCUCCACGUAUACUACGUGAUCGCCAAGCCGAAACCGGAGCGGAAGGAGGGAACAGUGGCGCUUUAUCCUUUCGGGAGAAUUGGAACGAAUCGCCCGGGGCUCUUACAGCUCAUUCACAUCGAGCUGCUGUCCAUUGCGCAGGUAAUCGCGGCGGAAGAAGAAGACUUGCAGCUCAGACUACGGACCGCCUCAGCUCUGUGCAGAUCUUAUAACGCGGCAGUGAUACCUGAUUACCUGGCGCAUGAGGGGGAGUCUGUGGUGGACUUCGGGCUCGAAGAUAAGCCGUUGCGGCCUCCAUCAUCGUAUCCAAAGUCAGCGGCACCAAGAAAGAGAACCGUCCCGAAGCGGCGACGAAGUCCAUCGCCCGAAGCUCAGGCCAGUCGAGUGGGGCCUAUCGAGGAGGUUGUCCAGCCUGCGCCGGUGCGCGAAGUCGAUCCGGUUCGCGAGAGAAGAGCCACACUCGUCAUCGGGCCCCGGCCGGUGGAGGACCGCCCCGCCGAAGAAUUGCGGAGAUCCACAGGCACUCCGGCGUCGACACCUCAGCGGCCCCGCCUCCCCGAUCUCAAUAGCCAUGCAGCCGGGCCAUCAGGCGCAGGGGGGGGAUUGGGACGAGUUUCAUAUCCCACAUCCAGACCCCCCCUCCUUGCAGGACCGUUCCGAUUUCGCCAGCCCGCCCGGGAUACCCCGGUCAUUGACAUUAUCAGUUCCCCCGAGCUCGGACGGUCCAUCAAACUGACGUGGAUCACAUGGUGGAACUGGCGACCCUCCGGCUUGAGGCCAUCGAGGGGGCGCCACGUCCUGACCCGGCAUGGGAGGCGUUCUUGCAGCCUCCAUUCGAUGGAUGUAUAGCGGCAAGAUUGGUGGGCACGCUCAUCUACGAGA